AUGGAAUUUAUCGAUGCUGUUAAUCGUACUCAUUCCUUACUCAAACAAGUCUUUACUAGUCAGGAUGAAUUUUUUCUGGCAAGUUGUUCAGCCAAUAUAUCAGAGAUUCCAUGGUCUUGGGUAGCAGUUUCCUUGGCAACCAUUCUUCAGGAACAUUCUACAGGUCUUACAGAAACAGCUGUAUUAUCUAAUCUUGAGAUACAGGCAAAUGCUACGAAAAUUCAACCUAUAUACGAGAAAGACGAAUCCCAAGGAAGGGUUUUGGAAGCCAAAAUCUUCCUCUCCUUUGCUGUGAGAGGGGGUUAUAAAAAAUCAUUACGGCUGUUGACCGUUCAAGCUGAGAUGGACUCUAUGCCACUGGAGUUGUACUUGCAUCCAAAAUUCAAUGCAUUGGCUACUUCUGAGAUAUAUUCUCUUCAGGGUCAGCCUCCUUUUCUAAAGGACCGUAAAGUUCGAAUGAUUUGUCCACCCAAACUUAACAGGCCUGUACCUUCUCUCUUUGAUGAUCCUUCAUAUGCUUCAAUUUACAGAAUCGCGCGCGUUCCUGCGACAUCACUCAUGAUGUUUGAAUUGACAGCCAAAGACAAGCCUUUUAUUACAAAACAAUUCAGUCACUCGAUCCAAUCGAUCCAAUCGAUCCUUGGGUCUCAUCCUCAUCUUCAAGCUCAUACGUACCCAGAUGCGCCAAAAUUCAGCUUGUGGCUCAAGGUUACACAUAUAGAAAAUAUUACACAUACGUCCAGUGUGGUUGCAAUGGAAGCUACAGAAGAUCCUUCGAAUCUCAAGCGUCUUAAGCGCGAGGAUAUUUACCUUGCAGACAUGACAAAUGAAAAUGCACCGAUCAUGCUGUCCUUUUAUGACGACCAAACCAAAUUGAUUGCAAUGAUAAAACGAGGAGAUUAUAUUGGUUUGUACAAUCCUGGUAUUCAAACUGGCCGGCUUACGAAUAGUCAAAAAGAAUAUGCCGAUGUUAUUCUUGAGUACACUUCAGAUACGGUGCUGUUCUUUAUGUCCGAACAAGAAGCUCAGCUGGCUCAGGUAGCCAAGGUUAACAACAACAGCUUUUAUGACACUUUAUUAUCGUCAUUAUAUACAUUAAAAUCCAAAAACAUUGGGGCACAACAUCACCAACAAGCUAUACGUGAGAAUGAAAUUAUGACGAGAAAUGAAGAGGGAUUUAUGGAUUGUGCUAGUUAUCCUAAAUGUAUCAAGACGAAUGAACUUGUACAAAGCAUGUUGAACGUUACACUCUUUGGACGAAUUGUGGCGCUUGGAAAUAAUGCUUUGUUUCAUGAUCCAAAAGGCAAAAUUAUGGAUCGCUAUCCUAUGCGAAUUAUGGAUGAAACCGGAAAAGUAGAUGUGACACUGUGGGAAGAAGUAGGAAGAUCGGCGCGAAAGUGGAGAGAAGGGCAAUACGUUCUCUUGUCUGAUCUCAGUACUUCUUCCAUUCAUAUGAGUGAAAAGGGCCCUCAGUGGUAUGUGAAUGGAAGUGCUCAGUGUGGAACAAAGGUCUUUAAUGUGUCCCUCAUCGCUGGCCUAUUGACCAGUUCAGAAUUUAGACGCACAAAAACGAUUAAAGCAUGUGUUUACGAAGGUGUCGAUCACUGGCAAGCUGAGAUACAUAUAGUUGGCUGGGAAUUGCAUCUCAGGACAGACCCGGAAAGAGCAGUAUUGAGUGACGAGAACGAGAGUUUCACAAGACUAGACGAGACUGGCGAACAAGAAGACCAAUAUGAUGAUGAAUUUGGAUUUGGAUUUGGAUAUGACUACGUCUCUGGGCAAGAACAAGAUCAAGAACAGGAACAAGAGGAAUAUGACCCAUUUGGACAUUGCACGAGGAGAUUAGGUGAUGCUAUCAUUACCAGUGUUCACGAUGCUUGUCUCCACCCGAUUACCAGAUCGGAUACCAUAACAACAACUGAAACAGCAACUGGACAAAAGAUAUUAUUAUCUGAGCAGGAGGAAAUGGAUGAAAAAGGCAGGCUGAUGUGUGAAUUUUGUAGAUGCGACAUCACGCCAAAUCAAGUUGUACAAGCUUUUGAAAGUAAACCCAGUAGUAAUAGUAAUAAUCUCAAGAAUAAGAAUAGCAAACCACGAAUGGAAUUAUUAGCAGAGAAUAGUUGGAAUGGAUGGCUUGAGUGGCGCUUAGACGAUGGCACGGGGAUGAUUAUGGCCAGUGGCUGUGAAGAGGGUAUUUUGAACAUACCUGCUCAACAGUUCAAGAAGAUGUCUCACGAUACCCAAGUAACAUAUCUCGACACCACAAUCGGAAAACCUUUCUUUUGCUCACUCACUAAGAUGACAUACAUAGAUACAUUUGGUACAAUUAGUACACUUAGUACACUUGGUACACUUGGUACACUUGUCGUCUGGCCAUCAUCGUAUAGAUCGGGCAUUGCGCCUACAACAAGUUUACCUUGGUGA